ACUAUUCGCGUCCGUAUGCCUGAUCAUACAAUUGUUCAAGCUGUAUUCUAUUCAAAAGAGAAGGGUAUAUGUUCAAUUGAUAUAACAAUCGCAACAGACUCACUUAACUGACAUAUUAUGUCUACUUUCGGAUGGUAUUAGUCUCUGCAUUAUACGGUCUUGUCCGUAGUCUUUUAGAAACGCCGGAGCGUAAAUUUGUUCUAUGUUUACCACCAAGAGCAAAGUUAGUGGAACCGAAUAUUACCUUAUAUAAAGCAGGUUUAGCACCUGCUUCCAAUGUUUUAUUCGGAUGGAUUGAGAAGGGAAGUAAAGGUGAUAAUGCUUUGAGGAAAGAAUAUCUAGACAUGAAAGAAGAGUUGACACAUGUUUCGUCAUCUCAAUCCCUUGCAUCAAGCAUUUCCUCUCCUAAAAUUUCCAGUUCGUCUAACAGUUCAACUUCACAAACCAAAACAUCUAAACCCAUUCCAAAAUGGUUGCAAAAAGGGUUGUUUAAUAAAAAAUAACGUAUUUUUGGCUUUGUUUGCCAUGCUUAUCUCAUCGUAUUUUCGUAAUACAAUAGUCAAUUAUUAUACUCUACUGCAACGCUUUUUUCUUCUCAAUGUGAUUUCUGAACAUAAGUAGAGUAACU